UAUUAAUCUCAUUGUUUUAUUGGGUAGGAGUGAUUGUAGAACUAUUCCAUGCUAUAUUUCUCCUCAUGAUUCUCUUUCUUGAAUUCUUUAAAUUGGAUUGGACGGGCCAUGUUGUUGUCUGGUCUAUGUUAUUUAAUUAUUGUUCAUUUUCAUCAGAAUUUGUCUGGUCUAUGGAUGGUGGUGCUGGCUAUCUGUGAUAUCCACAUAUAUUCAAGUUGUCAAUGGAUUCUGUUAACGCUUCUUUCUUUCUAUUUUCUUCAAGUGACUAUGAAAUGUGAAGUGCUGAGCUAUUUUUCUGGCAGUCAGAAUUUGUUUGUUAAUCAAAUCAAUUAAUACCCGAAACUUCGAGAUUUUGUACAACUGUUAUGCCUUCUCUACAAUCUCAAUAAUGCUUUGUUGUAAAUUGGUAGAACAGAAUCAACCCGCCAUAGCGAGCCAAUCUACAAAUAAGGGAUGCGGUCAGAUUCUUUCGUUUGUAAUUGAGGUUCCAGUCGAUGAGGUUGGUUUUCUCAUUGGAAGGAGAUGUGCAGCCAUGGAUCAAAUACAACACACUUCUGGAGCUUUGAUUGGGAUUGAACCUAGUCCAUGCCCUGUUUGUACAAAAAGAAGAGUGGACUUAGGUGGAACAAAAGAGCAGAUUCAGUCGGCGUUACGACUUAUUACUGACCUGAUGAUUGAUUGGGACCCUAAUACAUGUGUAGAGUCUGUAGACUUAAUACCAGAUCAUCAUCUUCGAGAGCCUUCAUCUUAUGGUUACAUAAACCCUCCAGAAUCUCAACCUGCAGGAUCUUAUCCGACAAAUCCGUCAAACUAUGGCGACUCUUCUACCCAACCAUCCAUUUGGGAUCAGGCGAACCCAUCAGGCAGGCAUCCGGUACCUUGGCCAGGAUCUUUAUUCAUACACCCUUCAGACUUGGGGAGCCGUCCCAUCCAACCAGCUGCUCAGUACCAGGCAAACCCAUCAGGCAGGCAUAUGGAACCUUGGCCAGGAUCUUUAUGGAACCAUCCCAUCCAGCCAGCUGCUCAGUACCAGGAAAACGCAUCAGACAGGCAUAUAGUACCUUGGCCAGGAUCUUUAUGGAACCAUACCAUCCAGCCAGCCGCUCAAUACCAGGCAGACCCAUCAGCCAUGCAUCCGGCACCUUGGCCAGGAUCUGAUCUGUCAUCUUCUAGCUCUGCUAACUACUGGUAUCGACCAAAUCCAUCGGCCAUGCCUGAAAUUCCUCCAUUCUGUGAUUACCAUCUUCCCGAACCAGUGGCUUGCGAUCCAGAAAUAUCAUCACCCAUUCCUACAGAAUCCUCGCAAGGAAGUUGUGCGGCACCACCAUUUAACAAUCCUAUCCUAUCAGAAGCUGGGGAUGAGGCAUACACAUCAGCCAUGCAUGCAUCCACCUCAAGAAAGCGCCAGAGAAAGCGACUGAACGUUUAAUCCCAGAAACAGUCCCACUGAAUCAAUCACCAGUUUGCAAUCAAACAAAUAGUGGAAUUUCACUACUUCCAUUAAUCUAGAAUUCAGCAGCCAGUAACAGUUAAGGUGCUGUCCUACUGGGAACUGUUUGUCUUGCAAACCGAAGGUAGUGCUGGUUCAACCAUUCUUUUUCCACAUUUUUUUCCUUUUUUCAGUUUUCUUUUGUGUAUGGGGCUGCAGUAGAACUCUUUUCUCAGGCGCCCUUUUUAUUCAUCUCCAUUUAGUAGAAACGACAAAUACUCAUAGCAGUGUUGGGUGAUGAAUAAGGGUCUGAUGUAAAUUCUGUGGAUAAGAUUUUAUUCAAUGCUGUUGGAGGUGCAGGCUUCAUCAGUAUGGUCGGGUUACUCAUUUUCUGCUGAUAUAAGCCUGGUAGACAGGUUGACUGUGUUCUGAAAAACUGGUGCAUUUGAUGGAGUUAUGGCCUGUUCAUGCCAAGUGCAGAUAAAUUGUUAUUGCUGCAGUUACCCGUAAGCACUAGAUUUAGCGCACUGGUAAAGGCUGAUGUAAAG